CUUUCCGGAUGGAGCGAGGCCUACCUUAAACCCUAAACCCCUGCUACUACCACCUUCCAGUGAGACUUGGAGGAGGGGUUUCUACCUUAUAUCACUUGCGGUCGGUCACCCCUCCUUCCCCGCAGAGGCAGCUGAAACAAGAAGUGUCGUCUUUUUCUGACUUGUGGAGAUCACCAUAUGAAAUCCCCCCUGGUCGACCACUAGUUGAUGCAAGAAAAUUGCUGAGAAUCCAUUUCUUUCUCUUCUUUUUGGGUUUCUAGGAGUUGGGUCGUCGUUUUGCUGAACCAUUGGGGUAGUUUCUGCCACUUUCGCAAAUUGGCAUCUCAGAAAUUGCGAAUUUUAAGGGUUUUGCGUGGUGGUUGCAGUGGAAAUAUGGCCAAGGCUCGUGCUCUGGGUUUGGUUUCUGCGUUGGCGUCGGCUUCUUUGGUCAUGGAGGAGGCCUUCGCAGACGGUCCCUUCCAAUUCCCUCCGUUUUCUCCCGCCCCGCAGCCGGCGCCAGAGCCGCCUCCGGCAACACCGCCCAAAGAAGAAACGCGCGUUCGGAACGAUAAUCCCAGGACCACGGCGGCGGGGUUCGAUCCGGAGGCGCUAGAGCGAGGAGCGGCGGCAUUGAGAGAACUCAACAAGUCGAAGGACGCCAAGAAGUUGUUUGAAUUAAUGAGGAAACAAGAAGAAACAAGACAGGCUGAAUUGGCAGCGAAGAAGGCAGAAUUUCAAGCAUUGCAAUCUCAAUAUGAGACGGAUAGGCAACGUGCGCUUUAUGAGGAACAGAAAAAGUUAGUUCAACAACAGGCACAAACAAAAGCUCAAAUGGCUCGCUAUGAGGAUGAGCUGGCCAGAAAAAGAAUGCAGGCAGAGAAUGAACUUCAGAGAGGUAGAAAUCAAGAACUUGUGAGGAUGCAAGAGGAAUCAUCGAUAAGGCAGGAGCAAACUCGCCGCGCUACAGAAGAACAGAUUCAAGCCGAACGACGUAGAACAGAGAAGGAGCGAGCAGAAAUAGAGCGUGAAACGAUUAGAGUAAGGGCUUUGGCAGAAGCAGAAGGGAGAGCCCAUGAAGCAAAAUUAGCUGAAGAGGUAAAUAAGCGGAUGCUCGUAGAAAGAGCCAAGGCAGAGCAAGAAAAGUGGGUUGCAGCUAUAAACACAGCUUUUGAUCAUAUUGGAGGUGGUUUGCGUGCCAUAUUGACGGAUCAGAAUAAGCUGAUUGUUGCUGUUGGCGGAAUAACUGCUCUUGCAGCUGGAGUUUACACUACCAGAGAAGGUGCGAAAGUGGUUUGGAGCUAUGUCGACCGAAUACUAGGGCAGCCAUCAUUGAUUAGGGAGUCCUCCAGAGGGAAAUAUCCAUGGUCUGGGAUAUUUUCCCGUGGGAUUAGCUACUUUACCAAUAAAGGAAACAACCCAGGCAAAAAUGGAAGCGGUUUUGGUGAUGUGAUCCUCAACCCCGCCUUGCACAAAAGAAUUGAACAGCUUGCUGCUGCUACUGCAAACACAAAAUUACAUCAAGCACCAUUCCGUAAUAUGCUGUUUUAUGGUCCUCCUGGAACAGGGAAAACUAUGGCUGCAAGGGAGCUUGCAAAGAAAUCGGGGUUGGAUUAUGCAUUAAUGACUGGUGGAGAUGUUGCACCAUUAGGUUCACAGGCUGUUACCAAGAUACAUCAGUUGUUUGACUGGUCCAAGAAAUCCCGCAAAGGGUUAUUGCUUUUCAUUGAUGAAGCUGAUGCAUUUUUGUGCGAACGGAACAAGACCUAUAUGAGUGAGGCCCAGCGUAGUGCUCUGAAUGCUCUUUUGUUUCGGACCGGUGACCAGUCAAAAGACAUAGUUCUUGCACUAGCUACAAACCGGCCUGGUGAUCUUGAUUCUGCAGUUGCUGACCGUAUUGACGAGGUCCUUGAAUUUCCGCUACCAGGAGAAGAGGAGCGUCUCAAACUAAUUAAGCUCUACCUGGACAAAUAUAUAGUUCAGGCAGGCAACAAAGGCGAGGGUUUACGGUCCCUCCUCCAGAAACCACAACCAAGAAUACAACUCAAAGGUGUCUCUGAUGAAGUGAUUCGGGAGGCAGCUAUUAAAACUGAUGGAUUUUCUGGGAGAGAGAUUGCAAAGCUAAUGGCCAGUGUUCAAGCUGCUGUCUAUGGGAGCAAAGAGUGUGAACUUGAUGCUACCCUUUUCAGAGAGGUAGUUGAUUAUAAAGUUGCAGAGCAUCAGCAAAGGAAAACACUUGCUUCGGAGGGGCAUGGUUCAGUUUAAUAUACAUUUGCGCAUCUGUACACCUUGGCUUUUUCAAGGGUGAUAAAUGCUGUUAUUUUUUACAGGUAAGCAGGUGAGUAGCUGCUUACUGGGUUCACGGCGCUUCUUAUUUUUCUUCUCCAUUUCCCACUUGGGUCUUUUUGACGAAUUUUAGAUAAAAAGUUGUGGCAGUUAUUGAGAGGUCAUGAACCAAUCGACUAGCUCAAUGCCAAUGUCAUGAUUUCUGCCAUUUUUUAGUUUGGCUGAGGUAGAAUUAGAUUCAACGUGCUUUUGGAAAUUGAAUGACAAGCACAAUGCCACUUUUUAAUGCUACAUAUUUGCCGACUUUUUUAGA